UUUUUACCAUUAUUAACAUUAUAUAUAUAAAAACUCAGAAGGCACAUGUAUGUUCACUGGUCAUUUUGGAUAGUAAAUAAAAUGGCUAUAUUUGCAUUAUGGCUGUAAUAGAAGUCAUGACCCUGGUUCAUUAUACCACCAUUGUAAAGAAAUCUGAGCUGGUAAGUUUCUUUUUCACAUCAGAGCAAUCUGGUGGAGUUUACAUUGCAGCCAUUGAGACAAAAUUGUGAAAUAUUGAUGGAUGUUUUAAGUGUAUUGUGAAGAUAAUGUUCCUCAUAUUGAUACUUAAUUAAGUUUAUAAAUAUAAACUCAUUCAAAUGCUUAAACUCUUGUCAAUGCACUACAUUAGGCAAUCCUAACUUGUAAUCUUAAAUUAGAGAAAAAAAGACUUCAGUGUGUUUUCCAGUUAUAGGAAGUGAAUGAGAAGAUUGCUUAAUUUUCAAGUGCACCAUUUCCCCAUGAACAAAAUAUACUAAUACAAUUUUGCCUUUCAGUUUACUUACUUUUGGCAAUAAUUUACAUAAACAUAUUUCAAUGGUGUGGAAAAUAUGCACACAUUUGAAUAAAAAUAUGCAAAUUCAAUGCACUUCCUUCAGACUCAAAUUGUACGUUCCAGGAAGAGUUCAGGAUCUAAUGCACCUAUAUUGUGUCUAAUUAAACCUGGGAAGACAUAACUGAAUGGCAUUAAGGUGCAAACUCAUACAUAUGCUCUUCCAGUGUGUAUGUGGGCACUGUAUGGUAUAAGAAAUCGGAAAAGAGUAACAAAAACACCAACAGCCAAUAGGGGGCGCUGUUUUAUAUCCCUCUGUUUGUUCUCCUGCAUUCGGGGUCAGCUCACUGUCCUCCUUUUCAAGUUUUAAGGAGAAAUAAUCCUCACUGCACUACCACUCUUGUGAUAGCUCCACCACACCUUUCGAGGAGAAUGGAAAAGCACCCAGGGCAUUUAGACGAGGCACUCAGAGGGAUGACUAGAAAGGAGUUACAAUGUUAGAUUUGCCUCCCACGUUCUGUUCAUAAGUUCCUGUUAGGACAGGAGCACACAGGUCCCAACAAGUCUUUGGUAAAUCUCAUAGCAUGCUUAUGUUUAGAAAACCCAAUGAUAAGAAACACUUGUUUCAUGACAGAGUUAGAGAUGUAUUAGAGAUGGUAUUUGGCCCAUUGUGGUAGCUUAUGGCCCUGCAAAAUAUCCUUUGUUACCUGAGGAAAUGUUCACCAAGGGUGGCUAAGGCCGUCAAAGGCACAGAUUGUUUUAGGCGGUGACAUUUUUAAAAAUUCCAAUUAAUUUUAGAUUUUAUGAAAACUUCUUGCCAAACAAGAGAUUUUUAGGAAGACUUCUCUGGCUCUACUUUUUAUUUCUCGCUUUUUUUUAUAUAUAUAUUCUUAUCUUAUCUUUCAUAGAGAAAUAUGAUUGUUGCUUGUACGUAAUAAAGUGUCUUUGAAGUCCAGCAUAGUACAAAACUGAACCUGACAUUGUUCAAUAUUUAUUUAUUUACUUAUUUAUUAUAAGUUUCUUCUUCAUCAAAAGGGAGAUUUUGCAUGUGGCCCCCCGAAAGGGUGGGGUCAGUUUUAGAUCUUCCAUUACUGCCAAAAAUAAACAAAUCCAUCAAGGAAAUCAUUCUGAAAAUAACCUGAGCUAAAUGCAUAACAUUGUCCCAGUUAAGAGGAUCAUGCCUUAGGACAGUUCACUUAAGUCACCCUCAGAAACAAAAGGGAGAGAGAGAGAGAGAGAGAGAGAGAGAGAGAGAGAGUAUUAGAUCAGAUAAUCAGAUUAUAGUGUCAUUAAUUGUUAUUUUUUGUGUUUGUCCUUGAUUGAAUUAUUAUUGGUGGAUUGUUAGCAUUUAGCCAUGUUGCAGAUCAAAAAUAUAAUUUUCCUUUUUAAUCAAUUUCGGUUUUUCCCUCUUCCCCCACUUUCUCCCUCUCCACCUUUCAGUCUCUCUAACAGAAAAGAAAAGGAUAAAUUAUGAGAAGAGGGCAGAGAGCUUGGCAGAACCGGUUAAUCACUGGAGCUAAUAGCAGCAGAGGAGCAUGGAGACGGAGGCGUUGUGCUCCCUUCGCCGAGAAGUUGCUCGAGCAUCGUCCCAUGUGCCGGGCUAUUGGAGGACGGCCCCACGUGACUCAGGGGUUCACCCGUGCUGCCAGACUAUUAAAUACGUGAAGGCAGUUCUGCGAUGGAGCCUGGGCACCAUGCAGGCCAUGUGUGGGACCCUGUUUUCCUUCAGAAGUCCCACAUACCCUGUGCUGGUGUUGCCCAAAACACGAUGGGGAUUGGACUCCAGGUGAACAACUUGGUGAAAACUACUGGAACAAGCGCUAUCUUCUGCAAGACCACCUACCCUUGGAUGAGUGAAAGGCAGUCUACUCCAAGCCAUGGCACAGCUAACUUCUGCCAAUCAGGUGCCAGCGAUGAGGCCUGUUCUCCAGAGAGGGCGAGGAAGAAUGACAGCAGAUCUGCCAGGAAGCGUGCACGCUCAGCUUUUACCUCCUCUCAGCUACUGGAGCUCGAGAAAGAGUUCCACUUCAGCGCCUACCUGUGUCGCCCACGGCGACUUGAGAUGGCCUCGCUGCUGAAGCUCACAGACCGACAGAUUAAAAUCUGGUUCCAGAACCGCCGGAUGAAGUACAAGAAGGACCACAAGGGGAAGGCAACAGCGUGGCCAUCUUAUUCUUGCCAGGCAGCGGGCGCAUCAUCUUCUGCAGAAGCUGGUGUUGCAAUGGACGUCAAAGCUCAAGAGCAUCUCAAGUUCUUGAACUGUACUCAAAGCAGCUAUGGUCAAACCACCUACAAAGACUGGUUCUUGCUUACAAAGGCAGCUCCACCCAUUACUCUGGACUUCAGCAGUGCUCCUCAACUAGCGUCCAGACCCAACGACUCACCUUUAGCUUCCGUCUCUGACCUCUAUCUGCACCAGCAAGACGAGGGGUGCCUCCUGGUACCUCCUGAACCCUCAUACAUGUGAUGCAGCCCAUCUGCACUACACAACAUACCUGUCAAUGGCCCAGCACUCCUUCAGCUGUAUCUCUGUCUGACAGUUUGCCCAUGCCCAUGCCAUACUCUGAUUAAACACACCUCCCCAGCUGCCAGCGCUUUGAGGAGAGGCAGGAUUUGUUGCCCUUAGAAGCUGAUUUACAGGCAGAACGUUGACUUGGAAGAACCACAGAGCCAAGUUCACUGUCGUGGGCGAAGGGCCAGAGGAGAAUUACAUGUUAUCAGCCAAUAUGCAGCAAAGCAGGGAGGUUUUCCUCUGUGGAUAAGCUGCUGCAGACUCUGUGAAAAGAGCCGAGAUUUAUUACACGUGGACGUAAGCCCACUUCUGAGAGUUUAUCUACUGAGCACAGAAAACACCAUGUUUAAAAAAGCAUAAGAAUCCUCCUAACGUUAACAAGUGCAUUCAUUUUUUAACUUUAAUGGGAAAUAAGGCAAGAUAAUGCAUUGUCGGAGGCUUGUGUCAGCCCAUAUUUAUGUGCUUCGAAAUGAUGCUGUAGGAUGCAGGGUUAGAAAGGUUUGGAUUUUCAAACUAUGCAGGUUCAUUAACCAUUUGACCAUUACGCAAAAGCUAAGAUGGACUUUUGAGACUGAGAGGAACCUUUCAUGUCACCAAUACAUGUUCGUGUAACCAGUAUAAAUCUUUGAAUACUUUGUGUAUAUGGCAAUGUUUUGUCUCAGAUAAGGUAUUGUGUUACUUCUGCAUCGAUUACUAUUAUGUUGUACCCUGUAUUCUGUUAUUGGUGACUUGAUGGGUAAUUAGGCUGACAUGUGAAUAACAUGCUAAGGCAUUACAUAUAACAUGGUUAUAUGACAUAAAAUAGUCAUAUUAUUUAGCAUUAUUUGAUUCUGUGAUGGUAAAUCUAAAGAAGAACUACCUCAAGUGUUCAAUACAGGUCCAGAUUCAUUAAGAAGCAUUAAUUAAAUUGUCAUUUGUUGACUUUUAGACAUUAGAAGAUAGAAAGGGCUUUUCAUUUUAAAGUGUUCAAUCUGUGAUCGUUUCUGUGUUCCUAUGU